GGGCAGCAGCGCCCCGCAGUGAGCCCUUUGUGUGUCAGUGUUUACAAGCGGAGCGUGACGUUCAGGGACUAGAAUACGUCUCCAUUGCACCUUGCAAACGUCCCAGAAUGCAGUCCCUGAGAGCCUUCCUCAGCGAGAGACUCACCGCGGCGGCGGAGGAGAUAUUCGGAGCCGUCGAAAACACAAUAGCCGAGUACAAAGAGGAGAUUUCCCGGGCCAAAGAUUUAGAAAUCAGUCGUCUCAGGACGCAGCUGAGGCUUCUCAAGUCAGAGCCCCGGCUGGAGAGAUGCCUCGGUGUCCAGCUGCAGCAGCUCAACCAUCACCACCACCCUCCUCCACCACCACCUCCUCCUCCUCCUCCCCAGCAGCAGCUCCAUCCGGCAGUGCCUUCGGCGGAGCCUCCCGAGUCGCAGCCCUGCGAGGAGGACGGGAGCUCCAGCAUGGAUCAGGAGCACCCAGAGCCCCCACAGGUGAAGAAGGAGCAGCAGUUCAAGGCGCACCGGGAUUUCUGGCACGGCCACGACGCGGAGGAGCAGCUCGACAGCCUCGAAUCCGACAUCAAAGACUUCAUCCUGUCUCCUGCCAGCCCGAGGAGCAGCCUGCAGGAGCCCGCGUUGCUCUUCCAGCCGUACCACGCGAGCCACCACGGCGAGGAGGGCAAAGAGAAACCCUACUGCUGCUCCGUGUGCGAGAAGCGCUUCAGCAACUGCUCCCACCUCGCGGCGCACAUCAGGACGCACACGGGCGAGAGGCCGUACAGGUGUGACAUAUGCAGGAAGACGUUCAUCACAACGAGCGCCCUCAACAGGCACCAGACGAUCCACACGGAGGGGAAGCAGUUUGUCUGCAAUUAUUGUGGCAAAUCCUUCAAGUGGAUGGAGUCUCUAGGCAGACACGUUAGAAGCUUGCAUAAGAGGGACAACAUGCUCGUAUGACCCUCUUUGAAAGCACGCUGAUGUCCACCGUAUUGGUCUUGUUGUUACUGUGUGGUAGACAGAGCAAAGAAUGUUUUGUUUUAUAUACUUUGUAGUAAAUUAUAUUGUGCAUGGACCUCAUUAAGCCUUGAAAGCCAGUAAAACAUGUGCAAACAAAGUGAAGAAAUUGAUUGAAAGGGAUAGCUUUUUAUAAAUGUUAUGGUGAAUGUUUUCUUUCAGAAUAAAAUGGAACUGCUGGCAUUU